AUGUCGAUUGCAGAUGACUUUCUGCUCAAGCUCCAGAAGAAGGCAUUUCCAGGUGUGCAAGAGGUGGCAAUAUUAGUCGACCAACUGAAGGAAGAGUACAAUGCGGCAUCAUGGAGUACCCGGGUACUCUUCCCACACCUCUACAAGGAACGCUGCCUACGAGUUAAUCUGGGUCACUUCAAGAAAAUGCCGUCCCCUCUUCGACAAGAGCUGUUGCCUGAAGACGUACCUGAACCUCCAAAGAUCAUACAGGCCUACGAUCAAGAUUACAUGUACGACUGGGACUAUGUCGCUAGCACUGAUCCAAUUCACCCAGUCGACACUAACUACUCCCACCCACUUGAUGGGGUAGAUCCUUGCUGGAUUUUGAACCAUCUUACACCGGAAGAGUUUCAAGAGUCGAGCGGUGACGUUGGCUUCAAUGCCAGUGAGGCCGACACGAUGUGGGUAGACGACAUGGAAAGAACAGACCUGAGAACGAAAACUUGGAGAGAGACGUCAGACAAUACAACCAAGAGUCCGACAAAACGUAAUCCACCAGGUAGCCUCGCAGGGGAAGCGCCGCUGUUACCUCCAGCUGCUCGUACCGACCCGUCGUCUGGGAUCGAGCAGGUACCGGCAGAGCAUGUCGAGAUGGUCAUACGCGAGUUUUGGACAUGUGUAAGCGGGAAAAACUCGAGCGAAGCACCACCGCGGUUGUGUUCCAGUGACAACCUCAUCGUCCAGUUGAACGAGAUGCAUAUCUCAGACUCGUCGGGUACCCCAAACGAGUGCUACUCAGGUCUGCUUACACCACCUCAAACGCCCCCACGAUCAUCGACAGACGGGCCUGCCGACCAACAUCUCUACGCCGCCCUUGCACCCUCGACCGUUGAGAAACACCCCCACCCUCACAAACUCCACCUUCACAUCAUAUAA